AUGGCAGCUGCUGCUGGAGGAGAUGCUUUCAACCAGAAUGCCAGUUUUCAAGGUGGUGAUAGGAGAAGGAGAACCCGUUUCACCCCAAAACAGCUGGAGGCCCUGGAGGAAGCCUUCCAAAAGAAUCCAUAUCCGGGCUUCGUGGAAAGGGAAGAACUGUCGAGGAGAACAGGAGUCCCCGAAAGCCGGACCCAAGUCUGGUUUCAGAACAGGAGGGCCAGGCGGCCCUCCAAGAUACAGCUGAAAGCUGCUCCUGCUCCCACUUUGGCUGGCAACUUCCAAACAGUCCUAUUCCCCACUUCUGUCCUCCCCCAGCCUCCACCCACCCCCUCCAGUCAGCCACAACUGCCCCAACCAGCUCCUCUUUCCUCCGUGUUGGAGGACCUUCCAGAGAUCACGGCUUCUCCGGCCUUCUUGGAGGAUCUCCUGAGGGGACUCUGGAAUGGCUCCCCUCUUCCUCUGCUGACAGAAGAAGACCUGGACAUCCUUCGGUGA